AUGCCCUCCUCCUGGGUUCUGACAAAGGAGAAAGGGGCCUCUGUGGCCGCUUGGAGGGCCAGUGGGACCCACAGGAGAACUGUGGAAAGCCUGGACUUCGCCUGUGAGGAGCACACGUAUGCUGGCUUGCUCCUGGAGCGGGGCAGAGAGGGCGGAUGGAAAACCAUUGGAGGAGUGGCCUGGUUUCCAGCUCCUGUCCCAGCGUGUGACUCAGUCAGAGCCAGUGAACACGCCAGCCCUGCUCACCUCACAUCACAGCUCCACGCUGGAGUUAGGGCUGCCACGAACAAGGCAAGAGCCGUGCUGUGGUAG